GGUGGCCGAGGGGACGAUCGGGGCGGGGUCUGUGUCUGUAGCAGGAUGGAGUCGAUGGUGUUCAUUUUUUCGCUCAUUGAUUGCUGCGCCCUGAUUUUCCUUUCUGUUUACUUUAUAAUUACACUAUCAGAUUUGGAAUGUGACUACAUUAAUGCCAGAUCUUGCUGCUCAAAACUAAAUAAAUGGGUGAUCCCUGAAUUGAUUGGCCAUACCAUUGUCACUGUAUUAAUGCUUAUUUCACUGCACUGGUUCAUCUUCCUCCUCAAUUUACCUGUAGCAACUUGGAAUAUAUAUAGAUAUGUCAUGGUUCCGAGUGGAAACAUGGGAGUAUUUGACCCUACAGAGAUCCACAACAGAGGGCAGCUAAAAUCGCACAUGAAGGAGGCCAUGAUUAAGCUUGGUUUUCAUCUCCUGUGUUUCUUCAUGUACCUUUACAGUAUGAUCCUGGCUUUAAUAAAUGACUGAAAUUGAAGUGGCAGUAUUAUGAUUGCCAAAUUCUGAUGUGUCACGCCAUUGAAAUAUUAUAAAGCCAUGAGCAACUUUCGAGAAAAUCUAGACCAGUGACGUCAUGCAGUAUAUUUUUUCCUCUUUGAACAAAACAUAUUUUUGCUGUAUUUUUAACAUAUAAAAUAUUUUAGAAAUGACAAUACUAUGUUUCUGCAGCUAUUGUUUUGUUCUUACUCCAAUCCAUUUUCUUACUGUAUUUAAUUCUGAUGUAAUGUAAAGAUUCUGCAAGAAUACCAAUGGAACCAAUUCACGUAUUAGAGUGAAGCAACAGGUAUAAGAGUUUCAUUGAAUAAGGCUUUGUCACAUAAAGAGCAGCUUACCAGAGAUGAAUGACCAAUGUUUUCUUUCCUAUAGGCAACAUUUUAAAUACAACCCAUUCAUGCAAUUGUUUAAAUUGAAGGCCCCUAAUAUGUUCAGUGACUAAAUAUUUGUCAGUUCACUGUCACUCUCCAUGUGCACAACCAGUUCCAUUUCCUUCCAUUUAGACUGCUGCAGCUCACUUUAACAUUCAGGACACAUAUAGCUGCUAUGUUUCGAAGUGCUUUUUUAAGCACCUCUUUGUAAUACUUUUCACAGCCCCUGUAUGUAUGCUUGUAUAUUCAUAAAAGUUUGCAUGUACUGCAGUAUAUAUGGACAGCCAUAAUGUCAGUAAGCCACAUCCCAAUUGAGGCAAUCCCAUUUGCUGCUGGAUACCUUGUCCUAAUUAAUACAGCUUGCGAUCUUCCAAGCUGAAGACGCACCCACCACCACUGGUUCAGUAACAGCCUGAUCUUGCUUGUCUGUUAGGCUACAAAAACUAGGCAGCCUGUCUUAAGAUUUGGUUGCUCAGAAUAUGGGGAUGGCUUUGUGCUCUGUGUAACUCUGCUUAAGCCUGAGCAGUAUGGGCUGGAGCACGGACCACAGGUUCUUUCUCACAAGAAUACCUGUGGGGUAUACAUGGGUUGAGCAGCUGCGUCAUCAUGUGGAUAAAUCUUAGAAAGGAACUUCUGUUCCUUUCUAGUGUGAAGUAGAAGUCAAAGCUUAUAAAGCUAAGAACUAACCAAAUCCAGUUAUUUAUUUAGUUCAUUGAACUGGAAAGGGAAUACAAAUAUUUGUUAAUUGCUGUGCACCAACAUGGUAAAGUGUAAUUAAAAAAAACCCAGACAA